AAAUGAGUCUCCCAAGAGGAUUCUUCUUCCUCGUGGCUCUAUUAUUCACCUUCACCACUGCUGCAUAUGCUGCAAGGUUUGAUAUCACAAACCGAUGCCGCAACACUGUGUGGGCGGCGUCUGUGCCUGUUGGCGGUGGCAGACAAUUAAACCCCGGCGAUACCUGGUCCGUUGACGUGCCGGCAGGAACCACAGCGGCCCGCAUUUGGGCCCGAACCGGUUGCAACUUCGACGGGUCGGGUCGGGGUGGAUGUCAGACCGGAGACUGUGGUGGAGUCCUGCAAUGCAGAGCAUACGGUGCUCCUCCCAACACCCUAGCGGAAUUCGCGCUGAACCAGUUCAACAAUUUGGACUUCUUCGACAUCUCCCUGGUCGACGGUUUCAACGUUCCCAUGGAGUUUAGUCCAACGUCGAACGGAUGCUCACGUGGCAUAUCAUGCACUGCUGACAUUAACGGACAGUGUCCCUCUCAGCUGAAGGCUCGAGACGGUUGCAACAACCCAUGCACCGUCUUCAGAACCAACGAAUACUGUUGCAAUUCCGGAAGCUGUUCUGCUACUGCUCUGUCCAAAUUCUUCAAGGAUAGGUGCCCCGAUGCUUAUAGUUAUCCCAAAGAUGAUCAGACCAGCACCUUCACUUGCCCCGGCGGAACUAACUAUAAGGUUGUCUUUUGCCCUUGAACCACCCACUUUGCAUAUAUGUAUGCACUCAGAAUAAACAAAAUUAUUAAAUAAAAAAGGAGUACUUUGCGUACCCUUCUAUCA